GCCUUGGUCAUAUCCAAUCGGUAAAAUGGGCAUGUUGUUCACGGAACUUACACCAGGCGGUAACCCUUGCACCGUCUCCUGCUCCGUCUUUCGAGCCCGCUGAGGAAAGAAAUGUGUUUUCUAGGCGGCGCGGACGCCGCAGCGUGGUCUCUUCUCCGGUGUUCAAAUUGCUCAAAAGGUUUACGUCCCCAAUGUCCGAGCUCGAAAGGAGAGUCCUUGCAUUGCAAAAUACGCAAGCGCCAUCGGAUGUCAUGCAAUCUCAGUCGUUGGAAGCAACCCCGGAGUCAGAGGCAGCGCUUUCCCCUCGUUACACGGACGAGGAGUUAUUCUCAGUGUAUGAAGACUUGAUACGACUUACUCAACAACCGGUAGAGGUCGCGAAGCGCUCUAAGGAAGACGGAGAGACACAAGCCAUGGUUGAAAUGAGAGAACGGGUCUGUGUUUAUAUGCGCGAUGGAGACUUGGAGAGCGCAGAAAGUACAAUAGAGUCUUCAAAGCUUUCCGGUAUCACACUACCCGAAGACAUCGUGAAUAUCGUGCUCGGAUAUCACGCAUCGCAUGGAAAUAUAGAACGAUUUGAAAGAUUCAUGGAAAAUAUUCUAACCGGCAAACCUUCUGAAGCUCAACGAGACCUGCAUAUCAAGUCGUACCUGCGCGACCCGGCUGUCUUUGCAUCGCGCGCAUUCCCCACUCGUGCUAUCGACCUUCUGCACAAGUACGAAGCUUCUGGGCUCCAUGCCCCCAUGAAAUCCUAUUCACGCAUUAUAUCCUCCUUAUUCUCUGUCCGCCCCUCUCCUUCACCUCCCUCGAUAUGCUCAACACCGGACGCACCAUUAGGAAGACUGGCUGCGAAUUCGCAAGCUUGGGACCUUUUCGCGCACAUGCGCUAUGUUGCGCACCCGACCCCAGAUGCUCAUCUAUACGCAUUGCUGAUCCGCGCCUGUGCUUCAGCUUCCCUAUCUCCCGAACCCCAGCGUGCCCUGGACCUGUGGACUGAGAUGCUCGAUGCGGGAAUUGUGCCGACCGAAGGGACUUACGAUGCAGUGAUCCGUGCUUGUGCGAAGGCUGGAGGAGGAUGGGUUUCGGAGGCCAUCAGGUUUGCGCGGCAAAUGCGCGACCGCUUUAGACGCGGUUCUUCUGAAGUUGGUGGUGGGGACCUUGAAGGGGUUGGUGGGCCACGUACUUGGACAGCUCUGCUGGACGGCUGCAAGCGUGUUGGUGAUUUGGCCCGUGCUAGAUGGAUCCUGGCAGAAGCUGUAAGAGCUGAAAGUCUAACUGAGGAGAUGAUGCAGCACAUUUUCCACGCUUAUGCCGCAUAUAGGCCCCCAUUCCAAAGGGGUGCAACCAGGAUCGUGAACGACGGGGCGGUUGUGGCACCAGCUUCAAAUCAAGACGGGCCGCUAGCAAGCGCUACUGAGUGCUCACCAGACCUGCCUUCAGAAUCUGCAGGUGUUUCUUCCGAUUCCGAUGGAGUUCCGAACGAUUUGGCUUAUAUAGCCACAAUGCCUUCAUUUUCACACCUCCCGCCCCAAUCACCAGGCGAGGUCGUCGCAGAGGCUAGGGCUCUCUUCGAUAGAAUCCUUCAAGAUGCCAACCCUACCUCUCGUUCAUCCUCGAACAUGCCUCCCGACCCUCUCGCUGGAAGAUUCAAUGUCAGACUCACACCACGCCUCCUCAAUGCCUACAUAUCUGUGUAUUAUUCGCAUGCAAGUCUCGAACGUGCGCGCGAUGUGUUUGAGAGGCUGCUUUCAUCUUUUGGCGUGGACCUUAUGGGUGAUUCACGCACUUAUGCCGAUGCCCUCGAGAGGUGUGCACUUUCAAGGCCGCAUGAACGUGAUAUUGCAGGAAAAUGGGUAGAUGAGCUAUGGGCACGUUGGGAAGAGCUUGAGCGCGAGUGGGCUAAUGGGGCUACGGAGACGACAGUAACUGCCAGGCUAGUCGAGAGAGCGCACACUGCUGUCAGAAGAGUCCAUUCCUUAAAUGGUGAUGUCGACCGUGCAAUUACACUGCUACGCACAUUUAUGUCACGAUAUCCUCCGACCGCGCUGCUGCCUCCAGCCCGCAAUCCAUCGUCUGCUCAUGUAGAUGCUCAAGAUGUCAUGAAAAAACGUACGAUCACCCUCUUCGCAAAACCGCCCAUCCUCUCGACACGUACUAUUCUCAGUAAUUCAGCCGCUACGCCUCGACCCCUCGUGCGCCUCACAUCAGCCAUCGGUCCACCUGACGAGCGUGUACCGCCUUUGCUGAGUUUCGUGGAUGUGGAGUUGUUGCAUGCCCGAUUAGUAGAGCAGGGUAGGGGUAAAGAAGUUGGAUUUCUCAAGUGGGCUUGUAAGGCGUAUGAGGGAGCGCUGAGAACUCGUAGGGAAGCUGUGCUUGGAGCACGGGUUCCGGCGGGAGAGGAUAUCCGAUGAACUAUCGUCCAUGCGGCCUACUAUGUGCAUGUUGUUUGCUCCAGGAUAAAAAGUACGAGUCUGUGUCGCAAAAAAGGCUGACACCAGAGUUGCGCAUAUAACAUUUUUAUCUAUCAACCGUCACUGACUUGGCGGUAGCGACAAUGUUUGCAAAUACUUCGAAACUUGGUAUGGCACCGUAAGCACACACUGCAGCGAGCUGGGUGAAAUUUAUCCAAGAAGUCUAUUAGGGAACCGAGGAGCAGCGCCGGAAGGCUUGUUUGACAUAACAAGUCGUCGAAAAAAUAAACAAAGUUCACAGGACCAUCGUCGCCUGUUUGCUCCCAAAUUUUGUGCAACGUUCUCAGUAUGUAAGAAUUGUUCUGAGGAAAAAUGUUGAUAGUACAGCAGAACGUCGAUAGCCUUAGUAAUGGAUCAGCAGGCCCCUGGCCCCCGGAAGCUCCCUAUAAU